AUGAACGAGCCCCGCGUGCAGCUCGUCGUCACCGGAGAUGAUUUCGGCUACUGCCCGCUGCGCGAUCAGGGCAUGGUGGAGGCUUUCUUGGCCGGGGCACUGACCGGGGUCUCCCUCCUGGUCAAUGGCGCGUCCGCGGACACCGCGGCCCAGCUGGCCCGCAGGCACCGCAUCCCGGCCGGCCUACACGCCAACCUGAGCGAGGGGCGGCCAGUGAGCCCCAACCUGGGCUCCAGGGCCUCCCUGAUCGGCCCCGGUGGCUUCUUCUUGGGCAAGAUGGGCUUCCGAAAGGCGCUGGCCGAGGGCCGGGUACUGUUACCCGAGGUGCGGGAGGAGCUACGCGCGCAGCUCAGCCGCUUCCAGGGCCUGCUGGGCCAGGAGCCCACCCACGUGGACGGCCACCAACACGUGCACGUGCUCCCAGGUGUGCGCCAGGUGUUCGGGGAGGUGCUGCGGGAGCACGGGGUCCGGUACACUCGGGUGCCGGUGGAGGCUGGCCUGCGCCUCUGCGAGUGGCUGGAGCCCCAGCUUCGGACCUUUGCCCUGGCAGUGGAGGAGGAUGCCCAGGCCGCUAAGGAGGAGUUCGAAGAGCUAGGCCUUCGGUGGCCUGAUGCAUACAUCGGCUUGAGCACCAUGGGCAAGGACAUGUCUGUGAGCAGAAUCGAGGCUGCCAUUGACCAGGCUGUGGAGAGUGUCCUGAGGCUGGAGGACACCCUGCAGGGAGGGCGAGCCAUCACCAUGGAGCUCAUGACCCACCCUGGGUACCCCAGUGUAUCGCCGACCAGUGGCUGUGGGGAGGGGCCUGAUGCCUUCUCCCAGUCCUGGGAGCGGCUGCAUGAGCUGCAAACCCUGCUGGACCCUGCACUCCACAAUUCAUACCGACAGAGGAGCAUCAAACUGUGUGCCUUCCAGGACUUGUGA